AUGAGGGCCUUUGUUGGCUGCUGGGGUGCGAUGGGUGGUUAUAUUCUUCUAAGCGGGAGGCGCUCAUUCUUCACGCCGCUGCGGCCGCCGCUUCCUCCGGAACUCAAACCGGCACCUGCAGCAUCCGACGCGAAGCCGUUUUUUGGUGGUGGUGUGAACAAGCACGCCAUGCCAUCGUUACCGUCGCCAAAAGCAGGAACACCUUCGCGAGCACCGCGGCCGCCGUCUGCCUCGUCACCGCCACCGCAUGUAAGUGGCGCAGCCGUAUCGUUUCAGACCGCGGCGCCACUUAGCGACAGGGGUGCAGAUGCCAGUCACGCCGAACUACAGCAGCACUGUUCCUGCCCUCAGCACGCUCACUCUGGCUUCUUGUCACCCGAGGCAAUUUCCAAGUACGUUCCGACACCAGCGAGGUUUGCGGCAUCAUUGGUGGUAGAUGCGCUGAACCUUCCUCCUAUACAUAAUAACGGUGGCUCUGUAGCGUCCCCGUCAGGGACAUUGCGACAGGAGUAUACAGAGCACUGCGUGCUUGGCUGGUCCCCUGCUGACCUCUAUCACGUUGUCGCAGAUGUCGCGCAGUACAGUACCUUUCUCCCAUGGUGCGUAGAUUCCACCGUGCACCAAGUAAGGCGCCUCGACGAUGUCAUCAAGAGUGAACUUACCGCUGACGAUUGCAGCAACAGAGUAGAGGAUCUUGCUGGUAGUAGCACUAGUGGCAGCAGUGGUCGAGUUUUUGAAAUGUUUGCCACCCUCACGGUGGGAUUCUCCUUUUUUAAGGAGCAGUAUACCUCUCGGGUGUUGCUUGUCCCGGAGAAGAUGGUGCAGGCUGUUCUCAAGGAGGAUGAAAAGAAGUGCCGCACUCCUGUUCUUUCCGACCUGAACUGUGUUUGGGAGUUUAGCCCCGUGCCAGGGCGAAAUCGGCAGGUGGAGGUGCGAUUUCUCGUCAGCUUUGCCUUUAAAAAUCCACUACAUUCCAAACUUAUCAUGUCCCACGUGGUGACGCUCAUGACGCGAAGCUUUGAGAAGCACUGCGAAAAGCUCUAUGGCCCGCCGAGCUGCCAACGUGAGCGCCUCUUCACGCAGUAG